CUGUACUCCAUCCGCUGCAGUAGAACGCCCCACCAUCUCUGCCAAGCUGUCGGACAUGUCAGGACCCGUGCCGAGCCGGGCCCGAGUGUACACUGAGGUCAACACUCACCGGCCAAGGGAGUACUGGGACUAUGAGUCCCACGUGGUUGAAUGGGGAAACCAGGAUGACUUCCAGUUGGUGCGUAAAUUAGGGCGUGGCAAAUACAGUGAAGUCUUUGAGGCAAUCAACAUCACCAAUAAUGAGAAAGUGGUGGUGAAGAUACUCAAGCCUGUGAAGAAAAAGAAAAUCAAGCGUGAGAUCAAGAUUUUGGAGAACCUACGUGGAGGUCCUAACAUAAUCUCUCUCAUUGAUAUCGUCAAAGACCCUGUAUCCCGGACGCCCGCCUUGGUCUUUGAGCAUGUUAACAACACAGACUUCAAGCAACUGUACCAGACUCUGACAGACUAUGACAUCCGAUUCUACAUGUACGAGAUCCUUAAGGCCCUGGACUACUGCCACAGCAUGGGCAUCAUGCACAGAGAUGUGAAGCCACAUAACGUGAUGAUUGACCAUGAACACCGCAAGUUGCGCCUUAUUGACUGGGGUCUGGCUGAGUUUUACCACCCAGGACAGGAGUACAACGUCAGAGUCGCCUCCCGCUACUUUAAAGGACCCGAACUCCUGGUGGACUAUCAGAUGUAUGACUAUAGUCUGGAUAUGUGGAGCUUGGGCUGUAUGUUGGCGAGCAUGAUCUUCAGGAAGGAGCCCUUCUUCCAUGGCCAUGACAACUAUGACCAGUUGGUGAGAAUAGCCAAGGUUCUGGGUACUGAGGACCUCUACGACUACAUUGACAAGUACAAUAUUGAACUGGAACCUCGCUUCAACGACAUUCUGGGAAGGCAUUCCCGUAAGCGAUGGGAGCGGUUUGUCCACAGUGAGAACCAGCACCUGGUCAGCCCAGAGGCUUUGGAUUUCCUGGACAAGCUACUGCGCUACGACCACCAGGCCCGGCUGACUGCCCGCGAGGCCAUGGAUCAUCCUUACUUCUUCCCCAUCGUGAAAGAUCAGUCUCGUGUGGCCGGAUCAGCCAACCUGCCCAGUGGGAACACAGCUGUUAGCACAGCCAGCAUGAUCACUGGUAUCUCUGCCUUGCCAGCCUCCACUGCCCUGGGCCCUCUCACUGGCUCGCCGGUCCUGUCUGCUGCCACCAACGUCCUGAGCGCCCCGGUGCCCGCUGCUGCUGGUGCCCCGCAGUGACACCCCACCCAAAUCCACACUCACUCCCCCUCCCCGCCCCAUCUCUCCCCAGGUUCUCCCUCCCCACCUCCACCACCUCCCAGCCAGGGGGGAGAGAGAAACCAGACAGGUGCCACUCUGCCAGCCCUCACCACAUCCAACAUAACAGUGUGACCGCGCCUCACCCUCCUCCCAGCUGAAAGGCGCCGCCAUCUAAGAAAAGAGCGGCGUUUUUCCGGUCCUCCUCCUCCUCCUUGAAUGAACUGGUUAACCUGACAUCUGAAAUGAAUGUUCUGUGUAACUGAAAUAUACAGGUAUUCCUUUCAUUUUCCCACAAGCCGUAGUGAAUACAAAGGAAUGUGUGUGUGUGUGUCUGUGUGUGUGUCUGUGUGUGUGUCUGUGUGUGUGCCUGUGUGUCUGUGUCUGUGUGUCUGUGUGUGGUGAGUCUGAGAGCGAGUGUCAUCCAGGGCUGAUUCGGGGUCCCAGCACCCUCCCCCCAACUGUGUGUGUGUGAUCAGUUUGUGAAGGCAGUGGUCAGUGAGACAAUAACAUCAGCAGAAGGCAAAAGAAGGAGAUGUUGGCUAUCAGGACCAAAAGGAGCACAUCCUGUAUAGUUUACUACCGCAGCAUCGUCAAAAAACAAGACCCGAUGACACUUAACUAACCUCCCCAGACGAGUCGAAACACCCUCCAGAUCACAGCAUUUUGGAAGUGUGUGGUGCUGUUCAGUGCUCCAGGUGUAUGUGAACACAAUGACACUUCAACACUUUCUCUGCCUGAGUAGUUUUUGUCUUGCCUUUCUUACCAAACCGGAUCACCAGUCUUCUUUUGAUAUGCGACUUUCCGUCACGUCAUCCAUCAUGAUUUGUUUUGUAUGGAAAUGUUCUGGACUGCUGGAUAAAGGUUCAUCACCAUCAAGGGGUCUGAUCGACUCGAGUCUUUCACUCCAAUCUCCUAAGAAGCCAGGUAAGGUACAUUCAGGUUCUCAAAAAGAAAUGGUUUCUCCAUUGUGCUGCUUUCCAGUUCCUUGAAUUACUUCAAGUGGCUUUUCUUGAAUUACUUCAAGACAUAACCAAAGUUUACUCAGUUGGUUGGAAGAAGAGACUGACCAAACCUAGUUUUGUUUAGUGGGAGUUCCUCAUGGAGAUACUGUAUUGCAGGUUGACAAUGUGGGUUCUAGUAAAAAGCGACGACACCGUGAUAGAAUAAUCCUCUGCAGGUGACUGAAGUGCUGUUAGUGUUGGAGGAAAGCUCCGUGACGAGUGAGACGGCGCGCUGGCUUUCACCAACAUGUGGAGGGAAAUACUGGAGCUGACUUGUCAGAUAGCACUUGAAGGGUAGAGUUUCCCCCCAGUGUUAUAGUGCCAGAGUUUGAAAGUGUAAGUUUUAGACCCUGCUGUACAUACGCAUCUUUUUCUUUCUUUUUUUUUUCAUUUCAAAACCUGAAAAAUGCAAAUAAAUCAGAACAUGUAUACAUUGACCUGAGAACGGAGCAGUUUGAGUCCCUACAUCACUGUAUAUAUUUUUAUGUCCUUAUGUAGAAGACUAGUAUUUGAAAAUAUUUGUGUAAAUAAACACGUGUUUUAUUUAUCAGGUA